AUGUAUAAUUCCCGUCGUCGCUCAUCAAUGAUUGAAAUUCAUAACAUUAACUCAAGUUUAAGCAAUGGAAAUUCAUUAUUAAUGAAAGAAGAUGAUAAAACUAAAUUACUGCUGGCAGCAAAAACUCCCAAUAUAAUAUCUAAACGUCGUGGAUCGACAGUUUCCAUCGAAGCAUUACAAUCAAAUUCACGAAGAAAUUCUAUUACCACUACCACUACUACUUUCACUACUAAUUCUAAUAACAAUAUCAUCACAACUACAACCACCAAUAUUCAUACAACACAAAUAUCUAACUAUCACCAUCUACCAAUAAGCAAUAACAAAAGUGGUAAUUAUGUGAAAAAUAAUGCUAAAGAUGAUUCAUCCAUGCAUUCUAGAUCUUUAUCUCAACCAAUUCCACAUUUUUCACCACAUCGUCCUUUAAUUCCAUCAGCGAAUUAUGAUAAUCAUAAUCAAUAUAAAAAACGAAAUGAAUUAUCUUCAAAGAAAUUAACAAAUUUCUUUGGUGAUAAACCUCCAAUUGAUAUUUGUGUUAAAGAAAUUGAAAAAGAAGGAUUAAAAGCAAUGUUACAUUCUAAAAUACCUUUAUGUUAUUUUUUAUAUUCUCUAUUGGAAGAAUAUUCUUGUGAAAAUUUGUAUACUAAUUCCUCAUUACAAGAACAACAGAAUAAUAUCUUUAAUACUUAUCUGACAAGGAAUUCACAAUUCGAAGUAAAUGUAGAUGAUAAAGUUCGUAAGUCUGUAAUAGCCUCUAUUGAAAGUAAUUACAAUCCUCGACAUUGUUUUGAUGAAGCAAAACGAGCUAUAUUUGUGUUAUUGGAAUCUAGUUUCUCUAGAUUUAUUAGAAGUGAUUUAUCAGAAAUUAUGAAAAAAGAGAUUGGCAAAACUACUACUCAUUAUCCACCCGAAGCUCGUGAUUCCGCCAUAACACUUCUUUUCAAAUUUCUUGAUCGACAAAAUAAUUCAUCAUCAUCAUUACCUCCAUCUUCUAAUUUAUUUCUAAAAUCUAAACCAAAGUCAACUUCUACGUCAUCAAAAUUAUAUAAUUCACCACCACCAUCUAAUUCUACUUCACCAAUCGCUUCACCCACCUCAAUGAUUUCACAAAAACGACAUGAAUUAAUUCGAGCAAUGAUUUACGAAUUUUUAAUGGAAAUUUGGGAGGAAUUGAUGAAAAUGGAUUUGGAAUUGGUGGAGGAAUAA